GAUAUAAACUUAUGAAACCACUCCUCGCUCGGUUCCACAAUCACCGGCGACGCGUUUGAACCCCUUUUUGUUGCGCGCGCCAUCAGCAGUUACUACUUGCUACUGAGUUACAAGAGUCCUUCGUUUUCUAUUCUUACAGCGCGCACAGCACGGCGCACACCUCGGGUGCGUCGCCGUUGCAGCAGAUGGCGUGGGACGUGGUGCACUGUCGCGGUUUGGAAUUUUAUGCAUAAAUUUAUCUUGAUAAUGGCGCAUAUAUGGCGGAAACUAUCCCAGGCCAUAGCAGGUUUGGAACCAAGGCAGGUUGGGCCACGGCGGAACAUUUGAGGGGAUGGUUGGGCACUCGCCCUACCUCAACGCCCCGGAACUCUUCCGAAGUACCCCGUUUUCCUGACUACGCCCGUUUUACUUCAUGCCAUGCAGAAAAACACUGUUCAGCCAUUACGCUAGAGCAAAGCCGGCACUUGCGGAUAGCCACGACCAGCAGUGAUCAAAGAUUCGACACUCACUGGCAGACCCAGAUCCUGGCAGUGCCACUUCAACCUGUACACGCCAGCGACACGUGGCCCGCACACGGCGCCCAGUCCUGCUCUUGUCCCACGGUUUCCAAUGCCCAGCGCGGGCCUGCUGCUAUCAGCGGUGCUGCUGGCGCUUAGCGCCGCCACCUGCCAAGUAGAGGGCUUAGGGCGGCGCAAAUUGCAGUCAGCCCCGAGCGCCGCCACCCCUAGCAGCAUUAAGUCACCGCCUUCUCCGCCGCGCCCGCCAGCACCCCCGCCAAAGCCGCCGUCGCCAGCGCGGAGUCCACCCAGCCCCCGGCCGCCCUCGCCAGCCCCGCCCUCUCCGCCUUCUCCACCCCGCCCGCCCACGCCACCCGGCUCCCCGCCCUUCAAUGGCACGAUGGAUGACGGUGGCGCCGGCCCCGCUGACGGCAACCCCAACAGCCCGGGUGACGGCAACGUCAAGCUGCCGUCUGUACCCAGCGACCAGCCGGAGCUGUACGGCGAGUGGAUGCUGAAAGCCGUCGGCAACAUUGUGGCCGUGCACAUGUGCAUGGUGCCCGGCACUGAGAAGUUCUUUUUCAUGGAGCGCCCCUCCGGCCGACACCCAGACGGAAAGAACAACAUUGUCGGUUACUACGAUUACCAGACCAACAAGUUCUUCAACGUCAAUUACACGGACUCCGUUUUCUGCGCCGGGCACACCGUGACUCAGGACGGACACGUGCUUGUGGUGGGCGGUCACAUCGCCAAGUCGGGUUACGGUGACGGCUUGAAGGCGGUCCGUGUGUUCUCACGCAAGACCCUGUCCUUCCACCGCAUUGCCAACAUGACCUACCCCCGCUGGUACCCCACCGCGACGCUGCUGCCUUCUGGUAUGGUCACGAUCAUGGGCGGCACUGUCCUGCCGGGAGCGGGCACAGGCAAGAAUCCCAUCUACGAAAUCUGGGAUCCCGCCAACCCCACGCAGCUCAUGCGUCGCAACCAAUCAAUCGGCAUGGUUGCUAAGACAAAUGACAUCUACUAUCCCAACACCUACGUGCUCCCCACCGGCCACCUUCUUAUGUAUUGCAAUCGUUACGGCGAGAUUAUGGAUCCCAUGGCCGCUAAGGUCAUCACUGCGAUGCCUAGUUGGAUGGCAGUUGCCAAGGGCGUCUUCACGGAGUACCCCUUCACCGGCACAAGCGCAAUGCUCUCGCUCAAGCCUGAGAACAACUACACGCCUGAGGUUGUUUACUUUGGUGGCCAGUUCAGCUAUGGCUGGAUCAAUACGACCGCAUCUCGACUGGCCCUCCGUCUCAAGGUGCACUGGGACGCGGCGGCCGGCAACUACACGUUCGGAGAUGGCUGGGUAGCGGAAAAGAUGCCGCUCCCGCGUGUGAUGGGUGAUGCGCUCGUCCUGCCCAACGGCAAGGUCAUUGUGCUGAACGGCGCCGUCAAGGGCCUCGCGGGAGACAACGCCGCGGGAGGUGCCGCCAAGGCCAACGAGCCCGCGCUGUGGCCCGUGCUGUACGACCCGGAUGCCCCGCUGGGCUCGCGCAUGACUGUCCUGGCGCGCUCCAACAUCCCGCGUAUGUACCACUCCACCGUCUCCAUCACCACGGAUGGCUCCCUGCUGGUGGCCGGCUGCGACCGAUGCGACAGGUAUUGGUGGACGUCCGACAAGCUGUCCAAGUCUCCGACGUCCUUUGCCGAGUACCGCAUUGAGGUCUACCGGCCGCCCAUGUGGUUCAAUGUGGCCGCCAAGCCCUCCAUCCUCAGUCUGGACCCCGGCACCUGGGACGACUACGACCAGGUGCACGUGAUGCAGUACGGUGCGCCCUUCGAGAUCACGUACGAGAUGUUCUACCUGGAGGACCAGGUGACCAAGGUGGCGCUGGUGGCGCCCAGCUCCACCACCCACUCCACCAACAUGAACCAGCGCGUGGUCGUGCUGGAGAUUAAGGACCACAACCCAACCGACCGCCGCCUGAUCGUGUCCGGCCCGCCCAACAUCAACAUUGCCCCGCCCGGCUGGUACAUGCUGUUCCUGCUGAACGGGGACGUGUACGGCCAGAGUGAGUGGGUGCGGCUGCCCGGGGACGCGCCGCGCCUGGACCCCUUCAUGGAGAACCUCAAAAACAGCCAGAAGGCCAAGUAAAUGAGUGAAUAAGUGACAGCUCAGGGCCUUUCUAACAUGCGUGCCCUUCCUUACCUUGCGGGAAUAGUGAUGAGGGAGCCAAGGUGGCUUUGUUGCGUUAAGCAUGCGCACGUCUCGAGUUAACGAUUUCCCUUUCUUAUCCUGCCUAAGCGCACAAGCACUGGUAUAGAGUAGGGUUUUGCACUGCGAGUUGCUUACCUACGACCGUGCGCCAGGCAGGUGGAGCAUCCGGGGAUGAAUAAGGCAACGGGGCAGUCACCCCAACAGGCGUGAAGGCCGACAGGCAUUCAUGCAUGCAGAUUGCCACAUGGCAAGCAUACGGUAUAGUGCAGCGCUAGCUAUGUAUGGUAGAGGCUGGACAUGGUGCUUCCAGUUGGGCUGUACAGAUUUCGGCGGGGCAGUAGGGUGCUACUAUCCUUGCGGUACGUGUGGGGUUGCCGCUUGUCGCAAUCGUGGAAUGGGCCUAGAUGGCACCCGCGGGGCAUGGGUGUGCCUGCGAAACCCCACACGGGGCCACGCGGGGCAUCACCAAGACACCUGAUGGCAUCAUGGCAAGCAAUAUGUUUGGCCUGAGGACCCCGUUAAUGCUGAGACCAGGAGAAGGUGAAAUGGGCGCGGUGUCUGUACGUCAUAGCGAAAUAUUGUUGUCAUAGCAUUCUUCAUUUCUCGCGGGCGUAAGCGCGUGUUUCUUGCUUUGGUUGUUACAGCUCGACAAUGACACGGCCUUGCACGGCAGUUUGGCGCACGGUUGAUGGGGGCGCGAUGGGACAGGCCGCAAGGGGCAGGUUGACGAGGUGUUGUAGUCCAGUGGCUGAUAUAGACCCAAGUCACGCCCAACCCAGACGCCAAUCAAACAUGGAGGUGCAGGGCCUUCUCCUGGGCACAACAGUCAACAGGCACGCACCCAACAACAAAAGCGGGAACUUCGGAGGGAACGCGCUCUUUGCUUGUGAAGCCGUGAUGG